GUAAAAGCGAGCUAUCUAGAGAACACCUCACCAAAACCUCGCCCACAUUAUCUCAUCAUCUCCAGCAAUCCGAAGUUCGAGCAUCUAUGGUAGCCAUGGCUGCACACGCAGUCGUCACGACCUCUACCUCGCGCACUCUUCUCUCUCCUCUUUCCAACCAUAAUCCGCCUCUCGGCACUUCAUUUCAUGGAGUCUACCUGAGGCUCCCUCGCCAAUCACUGUCUCUCUCUGCCUCUACUGUUAGGAAACCACUCACCGUCGUUUCUGUCACCAAGAAAGCUGUCUCGGUUCUCAAGGGGAACUCUGAAGUUGAAGGCGUGGUUGUCUUGACCCAAGAAGACGAUGGUCCUACAACAGUGAAUGUUCGUGUAACUGGACUAACACCAGGGCCUCAUGGAUUCCAUCUCCAUGAGUACGGUGACACAACUAAUGGCUGCAUAUCCACAGGAGCACAUUUCAAUCCUAACAACUUGACACAUGGUGCUCCUGAGGAUGAAAUCCGUCAUGCGGGCGACCUGGGAAACAUUGUUGCCAAUGCCGAGGGGGUGGCAGAAGCAACUAUUGUUGAUACACAGAUACCACUGAGUGGUCCCAAUGCAGUGAUUGGAAGAGCACUUGUGGUCCACGAGCUUGAGGAUGACCUUGGAAAAGGCGGGCAUGAACUUAGUCUGACAACUGGCAAUGCAGGUGGAAGAUUGGCUUGUGGCGUGGUUGGCUUGACUCCUCCAGUAUGAAGGCAACUGUUAAGUUAUGAAUCUCAGGCUGUUUACGCUAUUCUAUGUAGUCUAUCGAUGACUUUCUCAUGUGGAACUGAAUGUUAUUCAUGAAGCUAUGGGUAGAUGCAAAACUGGUAGUCUGGACUCAGGAUGGUAUUUGUGCAUGACUUUUCAAUGUGGAUUAUGCUGUCACUAUGUAUUGAAUUCACCAAGGUUUGUUGGUUACAUGUUACACUCACCCGAAUGGCGGGUAUUCAUCAUCGUA